GGACUAUCAGAAUGAUCAUUCAUGGACAAUGGGAUGAGCGAAAAGGAUUUCGUCGUGAUUGUGGCAGCGUUUUGGGUCAACUUUUGUCUCCUCGGUGUUCUGAGAUCUAACGCACUUAUUUACAAAGCCUUUGUGGAUGUCUUCGAAGUGAACAGACAAUACGCAGCAUGGCCUUCCGGGAUAUUCGGAUUUUUCAUGUGUGUAACAGGGGCGUUGUCUGGUUUCCUGAGUCGCCUCCUCAGCAUACGAAGCCUAGCUGUGAUUGGAGCAAUUCUGGCUUCUUCAUCUGUCAGUAUUUGCAGCUUAGCCACUGAAAUGCCUCAAAUUUUAUUUCUCUAUGGAGCUUUACAAGGCAUUGGAAUGGGCCUCAUAGUUCCUCUCACUCAUGUUGUACUCAACCAAAACUUCACCAAAUACCGAGCAUGCGCAUUAGGUAUCGCCUAUUCUGGAUCUUCACUCGGUUCAUUUGUUUUUCCUCCUCUCACCAACCUCUUGUUGGAAAAAUUCGAUUUACGGGGAACUUUCUUACUUCUGGGUGGCAUCAUGUCCAACUCUCUUAUCGGUGCUUUACUCUUCAAAUCGCCUCAGAAGAACAAUAAAAAGAUUUUGGAACAACAAAAUCUGAAAGAAGACAGCAGAAAGAAAACAUUGAAAAUGACGAUGAAAGUUCUGUGCAAUCGUUACUUUAUUCUUGUCUCAUCAGCUUACUCUGUCUACUUUUCUACCUCAGCCAUUUUUCUCAUGGUGGUGAUGGAUUUUGCAAAAGACAGAGGGAUGUCGACGGACGAAGGAGUCUUUCUCAUCUCAGCUUUUUCUAUUGGCGACUUCGCGGGUCGCCUAACAUUCGGAUGGAUCGCUGACACUCAAUGCGUGAUAAGGAACAUUCUGGUGAGGUGUUACUUAAUGAUCCUGGGUCUGCUGAUGGCUCUCUUACCUUUCUGUCCCACUAAAGGUCUUCUUGCAGCCUCCACUCUCUUGGGAAUUGUGAAUGGAAGCAUCAUCGUGAAUCAUUCUAUUCUGCUCAAUGAAUACUUGGGAAUUCAGAAGUUGCCCAUAGCCAUGGGUUUCUCGACAUGCUUCGUCGGAAUCACAGCUUUCUUGCGACCCUUCGUCAUAGGUGCAUUCAGAGAUCGCAACCAAAGCUAUGACUAUGUCUUCCUAUUUAUGGGCCUUCUGCAAAUCACUGUUACCAUGCUGUGGUUCUUAGAAACAUUUGUACAAUUUAUAAACAAAAAACAUAUUUCAAAAUCUGAUGCAAAAUAGCUUUUUUUUAUAUUUAUAAUUUGAAUUUUAUUUUUAUUUGUAUUUUUAUGAGAGUAGAACUGGAUAGUUUGGAUAAAUGAUAUCUAAAAAGGUUUAAUUAUAUUUCACAAUUCGAUGGGAAAAAAUUUGUUUUACAUUAUUUUUUUUAUCUUUAAUAUCAUUUAUUUCAUUCAAUGAAAAAUCAUUAAACACUAUAGAUAAAAAA